UUGUCUCAGUUAAAAGAUUUUCUCGUGCACUCAGGUACCGAACGGGAGCGAUGGCGGCAGUUUUGCACACAAUACGCGAAAUCAGUUGCGUUCAAAUUUGCGGAAAGUUGGCGACACUAUGUGUUGAAUAGUGAGCAUUUGGGUCAAACUGAUGUGUUAGCGUCGGACGUUGUUCAGCACUUUACGAAUACCCUUCGAGAUGAACUGCUCGAACGAUUGAAUGCAUCGUCCUUAGACCUGAUCAAUUCACUUCCCUCAGCACACUUAUCCCAACGAGAACAAUAUCUUCUUGAUCAACAACAUUAUCAAAAUCAUACUCCAACGUCAAUAACCAAUAAAAGUUCAAACAGUCUUAAUACGAGUACCACCACUAUCGCUACAACUAGCAGUUCAACUAAGAACGCAAGCAGUAAUGGAGAGAUGUGUCAGGAAGCAGCAGUAUUGGACGCUAUAGCAGCAAAUGCAACGAAAGUGAAAACGAUACUUCCGUUGAAGUGUUGCUCGAAAGUGUUCAGCAAUCGUAACAGCUUCAGCUGUGAUAACGAAAGUGUUAAUGCGAAUGCAAGUGCAAGAUGGCGAUCAUCGAAUGAAUGCGAAGGUGUGAAUAAUCGUGCGGGGAGCAGUCAGGAUGCAAUGAAUAUCACUCGAUCUCGUUCUGAGAUUACCUCACUCGCCACAAGACCCUCAUCCAACACACUGCAGGCUAGUUUCAUUUACUUUAGCCAUCGAUUCAAAUCGAAAUUCGAUUCCCGAUUCGCCCAUCACCAACCUUCCUCAUCACUGGGUAUAUCAGCUCCAACGCCGUCAACAAAAAGACUGUCUUGGUUUCGAUCACGUUUUCCAGCAAAAACAGCUGUUGAAUUAAUCAAAGAAAGUAAUGUUAGGUACAUGAGUGGUCUCGAACUCGAAACGAAACAUUGGCGCAAAUGUCGAUUGUGUUUGGUGAAAACUGCGGGUGGUUAUUUAUUAGAGUUCUAUUCCCCACCCAAGAGUAAUCGAGCUAAAUCAGGAAUUUUUUGUUUUUUGAUCGCUGAAGCACGAGAGACGACACCACUUGAAUUUGAGGACUCAAAUGAGUCGAUAUUCGCAAUUCGCGCUUUCAACGGGGUUGAAUAUGUGAUAGAGGCAAGAAAUCAUGAGGAUUGUCAGCAAUGGUUAGCGGUUAUUCGUGAGAGUAUUCCUGGUGUUGAGUUGAGUUUACCUGAACAACGUCCACCUCGACAACCGUCUGCACCACCAAUCGCACGUACAAACUUCUCCAAUUCUCGACGUUUUCCUUCAACAAGGUCAUUAAAUAAUGUGCAUUCAAUGACUUCAACGUUCUGCGUAGAGACACAUAUACCGAUCACAAUGCGUGCCUUUCCACCCGGUCUUGAGAUUUAUCCAUGGUUUCAUGCACGAUUAUCACGAGGGGUUAGUGCUCGUUUGGUUCUUCACAACGGUGUUGACGGGCACGGAUUGUUCUUAGUAAGGCAGAGUGAGACAAGACCUGGUGAAUUCGUAUUGACAUUUAAUUGUCAAGGCAAAGCAAAGCACGUACGUAUAGUGGUAAUGCCGGAUGGGGAAUGUCGUAUCCACCAAAUGAUAUUCGAUACAAUGAUUGAUCUUCUCGAACAUUUCAGAGAUAAUCCCAUACCUCUUGAGAAUUCGUCUCACCCACCGAUGUUCCUCAACGAAUAUGUCAUUUGUUGGCGUCGUCGUUCAAUGGCAUUAACCGAUAUAGAUGUACGUGACUUUCUCACCUACGCAGGUUCAGUGCGUCUCGAUAUUCGUGCCCUUGAGCAACUCGUGCUAAGAGAACACGAAAACCGACAACAACGAGCGUUCUCAUUUGCCACUUCCAAUAAUUAUCAUUUCUAUUGA